AUGUAAAAAAGCAGAAAAGAAAUUGAUAAUGAAGAUAAGGGCAGAGAAAUUAUAGAAGAUUAUGCUAAUUUCGCUUCUAAAGUGUAUGAUGGUAUCACAAGGGAAGGAUUGAGUCUUGAUAAAAUAGCUGGCAAGUAUGAAGUGUAACCAGUUGCAUUAAAUACUUACAAGGGUUUGACUGAAUUAUCAACCACAAUAAAACCUUCUAUUUUAGAAACAACAAUAAAUGUGGCUCAAUUUAUUAAAACUAUCUAUGAAGGUAAUAAAAGGUAUUUUCUUAGCUUUUUAUUCAUCUAGAGAACUGUCUUGAUUGAGGAGUUGUUAACUGUUGCUAAAAUACCAGAUCUACCAGAGGCUGAAUAAGAGGAAAUCUUGAUGCAAUAACAUGAAGAAAAAGUGAAGAAUGCUUCUUUGGAAGCUAUUUAAGGAGAAGUGAUUGCAGAGACUUUGGAUAUGUUAAGCAAAGAAUUGUUCAGAAUUAAAUAAGAGAAGAGAAUUGCUUAAAUGGAGAAAUCAGCUGAAGAAGAUAGAAGAUUAAGAGAGAUUAAGGAGGCUGGCACAAGAUAAGCAGAAUAAAUCUUAAGAGAUAGAAAAAUAUGUCUAAUAUAAUCAAAUUAUGAGAGUUCAUUAAGGAAUUGUUGA